AUGCUUUUUCUGCAUUCUGCCCACCAUCUCCCCACCAUCUCUUCUCCCUAUAAAGGCUCCGAUCAUUCACCUCCAUGGCUCCAUCCAGUGUGCCAUGAUGAUGAGAGCUUUGCCUUGUUGAAAUUCAAGGAAAGCUUUACCAUCAAUCAAUCUGCCUCUGCUUGUUCGAAGGUUUCGUCGUGGAAGCCUGAAAGCGGCGAUUGCUGCAGGUGGGAUGGUGUUAAGUGCAAUGCGGACACGAGUCAUGUGAUUAGUCUCGACCUCAGCAGCAGCUGUCUUUAUGGUUCUAUCAACUCCACUAGCAGUCUCUUUCAGCUGGUUCACCUCCAGAGCCUUAAUCUUGCCGAAAAUCACUUUAAUUUUUCUCGUAUUCCAACUGCUUUUAGACAGCUUUCGAGGCUAACAAACCUUAAUCUCUCUGCCUCUGCAUUCUCUGGCCAAAUUACUUCCAAAGUUUUAGAGCUUUCUAACUUAAUUUCCCUAGAUCUGUCAUACAAUCCAUUGAAGCUCCAAAAGUCCGGCCUCAAAAGUAUAGCUCAGAAAUUAACAAACUUGAAAGAACUAGAUCUUAGUGGGGUUGACAUAUCAUCCACUGUACCCAAUAUCUUUGCAAACUUCUCUACUUUAACAUCUCUAUUUCUGAGAGACUGUGGCUUACACGGUGAGUUUCCCAUUGAAAUUUUCCAUUUACCCAAUCUUCAGUAUCUUCUUGUGGGACAUAAUACAUACCUCACUGGCAGUCUGCCAGAUUUUAACAAAAGUAGCCCCCUCCAAUAUCUAGGACUUACUGGGACGAGUUUCUCUGGUGAGUUACCAAAUUCAAUUUGUAACCUUAAGUCAUUAUAUUAUUUUGCUGCUGGAAACUGCAAUUUCUCUGGACCAUUACCGUCUUCACUUGGAAACCUUACCCAACUAAUCUUGCUCAACCUAUAUGUAAACAGGUUGCAUGGUUCAAUUCCACAGUCAAUAUUUAGGCUUGUGAAUCUUGAAAAUCUCAAUCUAUUUUCUAAUCGCUUGAGUGGCACUGUGGAAUUUGACUUGUUUCUAAAACUCAAAAACCUCAAGUCACUCCAAUUAUCCGGCAACAAUAUUUCUUUGCUUAUAAAGCCUGCAUGUACCAACGCAACUUUUCCAAAAUUUGAAAUUUUAACUCUAAGUUCCCUUGGCUUGAGUGAGUUCCCUGAUUUUCUAAGGAACCAAGAUGAGUUGGGGCUGUUGGAUCUUUCUCACAACAAAAUUCAUGGCCAAAUUCCAAAAUGGAUGUUGAAUUUAAGCAAAAAUACCCUUUGGGCCUUAGAUCUAGGUUUCAACUCUCUAAUUGGUUUUGAUAAACUUCCAGUUAUUCUCCCUUGGACUAAUCUACAAUAUCUCAGCCUUGAUUCUAACAAACUUCGAGGGUCACUCCCAAUCCCCCCACUUUCCGUCAUUAGUUAUUCGGUCUCAAACAACAAUUUGACAGGAGAAAUCCCACACUUGAUGUGCAAUCUAAGUUCAAUUGCUUUUCUUGAUUUGUCAAGUAAUUACUUGAGUGGCUUGCUUCCGCAAUGUUUAGGCAACUUGAGUGAUUCUCUUGUAUUUCUAAAUCUACAUGACAAUAACUUUCAUGGAACCAUUCCUCAAAUAUUUGUAGAAGGAAACAAAUUGAGGAUGAUUGAUUUUAGCCAAAAUCGACUACAGGGGGGUUUACCAAGAUCAUUGGCCAAUUGUACCAUGCUUGAAGCUCUUAAUCUGGGACACAAUCAGAUGAAUGAUACUUUUCCUUUUUGGCUGGGCAUUCUUCCGAAGUUGAGUGUUCUCAUUUUGCGAUCUAGUGGAAUCUAUGGUGCAAUGAGGAAUCCUAAUAGAAAUUUUGAUUUUCCAAACAUACGCAUCAUUGACCUCGCUAGUAAUGAUAUUACUGGUAAGUUGCCCUCUCAAUACUUCAAAAAUUGGAAAGCCAUGCAAGUCGGUCAUGUUAAGGGCUUAGUGUAUAUGCAAGCAAAUGGUACGUCCACAACACCAAUGGGCAAAUGA